AUGAGGCGUCCCGUGCGCUUCCAGGGCCCCGCCGGCUCCUUCUUCGGCUACGCGGUGCUGGAGCACUUCCACGACAACACGCGCUGGGUUCUUGUGGGUGCGCCCAAGGCAGAUUCCAAGUACAGCACUUCAGUGAAGUCCCCUGGGGCUGUGUUUAAGUGCCGCGUCCACACCAACCCUGACCGGAGAUGCACCGAACUGGACAUGGCUCGAGGGAAGAAUCGGGGCAUGUCCUGUGGAAAGACCUGUCGGGAAGACCGGGAUGAUGAGUGGAUGGGUGUGAGCCUGGCCCGGCAGCCCACAGCAGACGGCCGUGUACUGGCCUGUGCCCACCGCUGGAAGAACAUCUACUAUGAAACAGACCACAUCUUGCCCCAUGGCUUCUGCUACAUCAUCCCGUCCAACCUCCAGGCCAAAGGCAGGACGCUGAUCCCUUGCUAUGAAGAGUACAAGAAGAAGUAUGGAGAGGAACACGGCUCCUGCCAGGCUGGGAUAGCGGGCUUCUUCACUGAGGAGCUGGUGGUGAUGGGUGCUCCAGGGUCAUUUUAUUGGGCUGGGACCAUGAAAGUGCUGAACCUUACAGACAACACCUAUUUCAAAUUGAAUGACGACACGAUCAUGAACAAGCGGUACACUUACCUGGGCUAUGCAGUUACCGCCGGCCACUUCUCUCACCCAUCCUCCACUGACGUGGUGGGAGGCGCCCCGCAGGAUGACAAUAUUGGAAAGGUUUAUAUUUUUAGAGCUGACCGAAGAUCAGGCACCUUAAUUAAGAUUUUUCAAGCAUCAGGUAAAAAGAUGGGCUCUUACUUCGGCUCCUCCUUAUGCGCAGUUGACCUGAACGCGGACGGCCUCUCAGAUCUGCUGGUGGGCGCCCCCAUGUUUUCUGAGGUCAGGGAUGAGGGGCAGGUCACCGUCUAUAUCAACCGAGGAAACGGAGCCCUGGAGGAGCAGCUGGUGCUGGCUGGGGAUGGAGCCUACAAUGCACACUUCGGGGAGAGCAUCGCCAGCCUGGGCGAUCUCGACGACGAUGGCUUCCCAGAUGUGGCUGUUGGUGCACCUAAGGAGGAUGACUUCGCAGGGGUGGUCUACAUCUACCAUGGAGACGCUGGUGGAGUGGUCCCUCAGUACUCAAUGAAACUCUUGGGGCGGAAGAUAAAUCCAGUCCUCCGGAUGUUUGGUCAGUCCAUAUCAGGGGGAGUUGACAUGGAUGGAAAUGGCUAUCCCGAUGUAACUAUUGGAGCCUUCAUGUCUGACAGCGUGGUUCUUCUAAGGGCCAGACCUGUCAUCACAGUAGAUGUCUCCAUCUUCCUCCCGGGCUCCAUCAACAUCACGGCGCCACAGUGUCACGAUGGCCUGCAGCCUGUGAACUGUCUGAACGUCACCGUCUGCUUCAGCUUCCGUGGCAAGCACGUUCCAGGAGAAAUCGGCCUGAAUUACAUUCUGACGGCUGAUGUGGCAAAAAAGGAGAAGGGCCAAUUGCCCAGGGUCUACUUUAUGUUGCUGGGGGAGUCCGUGGGUCAGGUCACAGAGAAGCUGCAGCUGGUUCACAUGGAGGAGACAUGUCAUCACUACCUGGCCCACGUGAAGCGGCGGGUGCAGGAUGUCAUCAGUCCCAUUGUGUUCGAAGCUGCCUACAGCCUGGGAGAGCAUGUGGUUGGAGAAGAGACGAGAGAGCUGCCGGCUCUGACACCAGUGCUCCGCUGGAAAAAGGGACAGAAGAUUGCCCAGAAGAAUCAGACUGUUUUUGAAAGGAAUUGCCAUUCUGAGGACUGUGCCACCGACCUGCAGCUUCAGGGUCAGCUGUUGCUCUCUGGCACUGAUGAGAAAACUCCUUAUCUAGCUUUGGGGGCUGUGAAGAAUAUCUCCCUAAACAUCUCCAUCUCCAACCUUGGGGACGAUGCCUAUGAUGCCAACGUAUCAUUCAAUGUUUCCCGGGAGCUUUUCUUCAUCAACAUGUGGCAGAAGGAGGAAAUGGGCAUUUCCUGUGAACUGCUGGAAUUGGACUUCCUCAAGUGCAGUGUGGGAUUUCCUUUCAUGAGGUCAAAGUCAAAGUAUGAAUUCAGCAUGAUCUUUGAUACAAGCCACCUGUCUGGGGAAGAAGAAAUUCUUAGCUUCAUCGUUACUGCUCAGAGUGGCAAUGUGGAGCGCGCUGAGUCCCUGCACGACAACAUGCUCACGCUGGUGGUGCCGCUGAUGCAUGAAGUGGACAUGUCCAUCACCGGAAUCAUAUCUCCGACCUCCUUUGUGUAUGGCGAGUCUGUGGACACAUCCAACUUCAUCCAGCUGGAGGACCAGGAAUGUCUCUUCCAGCCUCUCAAUGUCACUCUUCAGGUCUAUAACACAGGGCCCAGCACUCUUCCUGGGUCAUCUGUCAGCAUCUCUUUCCCCAAUCGACUAUCUUCUGGAGGCGCAGAGAUGUUUCAUGUCCAGGAGAUGGUGGUGGGCCAAGAGAAGGGAAACUGCUCUUUCCAGAAAAACCCAAUCCCCUGCAUCAUUCCUCAAGAACAAGAGAAUAUCUUCCACACAAUAUUUGCUUUUUUCACAAAAUCUGGAAGAAAAGUCUUGGAUUGUGACAAACCAAGAAUACCAUGUCUAACAAUGCACUGUAACCUUAGUGCGCUCGCUAAAGAGGAAAGUCGAACUAUAGACAUUUACAUGCUGCUCAACACAGAAAUUUUGAAGAAGGACAGCUCCUCUGUCAUCCAGUUCAUGACCCACGCCAAGAUAAGGGCAGACCCAACCCUGAGGGUGGUGGAGACGGCCGAUGGGAACCCAGAGGAGAUGACGGUGGUCUUCGAGGCCUUGCACAACCUGGAGCCCCGUGGCUACGUCGUGGGAUGGAUCAUCGCCAUCAGUUUGCUGGUGGGAAUCCUCAUCUUCCUGCUGCUGGCCGUGCUGCUCUGGAAGUUGGGCUUCUUUCGCCGAAGGUACAAAGAAAUUAUAGAAGCUGAGAAAAACCGGAAAGAGAACGAAGACAGUUGGGACUGGACCCAAAAAAACCAGUGA